AUGUGGACUAUAGAAAACGAUGGAGACUUCUUUGACGGUAAAACGCGGUGGCUCGUUCCCGGGAAGAAAUAUCUCUUCGGUAGGACGGUCUCGGAAGAUGGUCAUUUCGCGAUCGCCGACAAGUCAGUUUCAAGACAACAUUUAACGAUAGAGGUUGGAGUCGCUGGUCCAGAUGAUUGUAGAAAUCCUAAAAGCCGGUCAAAAGUCAUUUUGAACGACCAAAAGACUAAAGCUGGUACCACUGUGAAUGGAGAGCAAAUCAAGGGUAUUGAGGACUAUGAACUCAGGAGUGAAAUUAAUGAAAUAAUUAUAGGAAGAUCUAAGCAUAUAUUCCGAAUUACCUGGUGCCCUGUUGCUUUAUCAUUCUCAUUCUCUCCAAAAGAAUUGAAGGCCAACCCCCUCGAAGCGCUUUAUGCAACAUUUGGUUCACUCGACGUAAAAGUCCUUACCGAAUAUGAACGUGAUGUAACGUCUCAUGUUGUUGUCAAAAAACGCAACACGGCCAAAGGACUCCGAGCUUUGAUUAAUGGAAAGUAUAUAGUGGACAAUGAUCCAUUCAUCAAAGCGAUUAUUGAUGCUACUACGCCAGAAUCGGAUGGAACUUGUAGCUUGGAGAAAGAUUUCAAAAACAAUUUCCCAGAUGCUGUUCAAUAUCUUCCUGAGCGCGGCACGGAACCUACAGACGAACCAGCAACAUCUUAUGCCCCUGAUCUCUCGAGGCAAACUAUGUUUGAUGGUUAUACCUUUGUUUUCUACGAUAAAGCUCAAUUUGAGACACUUCUAGCGCCCAUCACGGAUGGACGUGGAAAAGCAUUAUACCGUGAAGUUACACCUACACAAACUCCGGUGAAUGACUUUGUAAGAUAUGUAAAGAAUGUGGCAGGAGAGAAAGGGGUUGGUGAGUUUGAGGAUGGAAGCGAGGGAAAGGGUGUUGUGGUUGUGGGCUUUUAUCCCACAAGAGGUGAAGGUGUUGAAUGGUUCCAAGACUUUGCUAGUCAAGUUGCUUUGGCUUUGGAUCAACGACUCAUAUUACAGAGUGAAUUCUUGGAUGCAGUACUCAAGACAGAUGCAAGAUUGUUGAGGAGAUCUCUUGAAAUAGAAAUGUCUGGAGUCGUGGCUCCAGCUUCAACACCAGCUACAUAUCCAAAUGCUAGUAGGCCAAUAGAGGCGCCUGCUGAGUCCCAUCAAAUCUCACCCCCCAAGACUAACCCAGUUGCGACUUCUGAAUCUAUAUCAGCUGGUGCUUCCUCAACAGCUCCCGCUCCCAAGGGUCCUAUCUCGCAAGAAACUCAAUUUCGAAGAGGUAGAUCAAGAAGAGCUGUGACAAGUCGUUUCAGUGGUUUUGAUGAUGAUGACGACGAUGAUCCUCCACCAGCACCGGUCUCUCUAGCUUCUAUACCCGAAGCCAUGGUAGUAGAACAAGAUCUCCCCGAAGAAUCCCAAGGUCUCUUUGUUUCUCAAGAUCCUAAUCGCGAAGUUGAUAAUUACCGCGCAAUGUCCCAGUCUGUGGAACCUGAAGAAUCAUCUCAACCGACACGGCGAUCAACAAGAAAAAGGUCUGCACCCCCCAUUGCCGAAGAAAAAUCAUACAUGGAUAGUUUCGCACCCACUACUGCAUCCUUCAAACGUCAACGUCGAGAAAGAGGUGAACCAACUCCUCCACCUCCAGUUAUUAAAAAAGAAGUCGUAGCUCCCGAAUCGGCAAAAAAGAAGGAAAAGAAAGAAGUCGAUAUCGAAGCCUUGGUAGCUCAGCAACGCGAACGCGCUGAAACAGCCGCACAAGCCGAAGAGAGAUCUUUGAAACAAGCUGUCUCAACAAUCGACAUCGAAGAGAUGCGCAAACUAACUAUAGUCGAGGAUAUGGAAGUUAAGCGAUCUAGACCGGCACCCAAAACAACAAGACACAUGGACGAAGGUGAAAGAUGGGAUGAUAAAUGGAAUGGAAGAAAGAACUUCAAGAAAUUUAGAAGAAGAGGCGCAGAAGAUGGACCAGUGAGAGCUCACGCCAGGGUUAUCGUACCUCUUGAAGAAGUCAAGAAGAGGGGCAAUGGAACCGGUGACGAAUAUUGGGGUCUAGAAGGAAACGACAACGACACCCAACCCCGAAGAAACAAAGGCAAAGGAAAAGGAAAAGAAACACAAACACAAGCAGAAAUAGAGACCCCAGAAACACAAACACCUAUCUACUCAUCCCGCUCCAGAGUAAAAGCAAAACCACAACCCCGAGAAAUUAACUCGGAAAACGAAGCUGAGGAAUUACCUGAAAAUCCAAUGGAUGCGCGUGCGCUGAGUGCAGAAGUGGAGAUUAUACCGGAAUCUGAGGAUGAGAAUCAAGAUCAAAAUGGAAAUCAAAACAAAAAUGGAAAUGAAGACGACCCAGGAAUCUUCCGCUCCCUAACCCCCGCAUCCACAGGACGAAGUUCCCGAGCUUCGACGACGCAGAGAGAGAGUUUGAGGAGUAGUAGAUUGAGUGGGAUGGGAAGGGAGGGCAGCAUUGGUCUUGGGGUUGGAGCGAAUGGAAAUAAAAGGGCGGCGGCGAGUUCGUUGGGGAAGGGGGGAGCGGUUAAGAGGGUGAGGAUGGGAGUGGGGGCUGGAAGUGGAAGUGGAAAUGGAACUGGAAGCAGAAGGAGGAGGGUGGUGGAGGAGGAAGAAGAUGAGGAUAGGUUUGUUUUUAGGUAG